AAAGAAAAAGGGGUUUGAAUGACACGAAACUGUGAAAUGCCCCUAAUUCAAGAAGCAGGCAUAUUCGGAUUUUGUGAUUGGGAGAGAAACCGACCCAGUUGUGCUAUUGCCGCUGUCCCGUGCAAUUCGAAGGGAAUGAAGAACAAGGGUUUAGAAUUAGGGUCUUAAAACAACUCAACCAACUUUGUGGGUAAAAUUAGGGAUUCAGGUGUAAAGUGAAAAACUAGGGUUUUGGUAAAUCUCCAAAAUGUCGACGGGCAAACCCAGAGGCGGUGAUUUUCAGAUGGUCCCGGCGCCGGGAACGUCAAAGCCUCCCCUUCCGCCGGCAGCAGCAUCGAAUGCGAUAGUGGAAUAUACUCCGGUCUCUCUCAAAGAGGAAGAGGAGGAUCUGGAAGUCAAGCUCCGACGGAUUAUCGACAAUGUUCCUGUCCGUGUUAGCAAUACUUCCGGUAGUUCCGCCGGUUCAGGCUCCGGCGACUUCCACCAGUAUCGGCAAAUGAGACGCAAGGAACAAGAUCGUCUUGCCAGGAUGGAAGUCGACUACCAGAAAAGGAAAGAGCUGGCUGAAUUUAAUUUGAGAAGAGAGGAAAGAUUAAAAGCGGCUGAGGAACGGACGGCAAAGAAGCGAGCAAAACGUCAAAAGAAGAAGCAAAGGAAAAAGGAGAAAAAGACCAAAUUAAAUGCUGGAGAACAGCUGCAAGAGAAAGAAGAUUCCUCAGGUGAUGAAGACUCUGAUAACGAUGAGGAGGCAGCACCUUGAAACUAGCUUUGGUUGUGCCCAAACUUUUAAAAUUUGAUUCAAGCAAGUGGGCAUAUCUGGCUUAGAUAAAACACAGUCCAUUACUCCGGGUUUCCAUUAAAUUUGUUUCCCUUAUGUGAUUUCUGAGGUACUGUGUUCGAAAGGGAUACUAUAUAUUGUUUCAAGCUAAAAAAUUGAUGAAUUAGAGAACAAAUCUUACAAGCCUUUUUUUUAAAA